AGUUUCUUGCAGCUCUCCUCUUUCUCUCUCAUGCAGCUUUGGCAAGAAAAAAAGAAAGAAAAAUGGGCAGAGCUUGAAUUUAUCAUGCUUGAUGCUUGAAGGUUUAAUAUUUGAUUAUUUCCAUUGAAGUGUUUACAUCACUCAAAUGUCCAUCAAGAUCUGUGCUUUCUUUGUUUCACCAGCUUAAGCCUGCUCCAAGAAAGAGGUCAGAUGGACACAACCUCUGUGCAAUUUCUUAUCAAUAGUAUCUCUCGAUUCAUUCAUCUGGUUUCAUGCCAGACAAUAAAAGUUGUUCCUAUUGAAAAGGAUUACAGGAAUAUGGUUGUUGUGUUAAAACUUUUGAAACCAUUGCUUGAUGAUGUUGUUGAUCGCGAGAUACCUUCAGAUGAAAUUCUAUGUAAAGAGUGUGAAGAGCUAGACUUGGUUGUUAACGAGGCUCGAGAAUUCAUGGAGAACUGGUGUCCUAAGAUGAGCAAAAUCCGUGGGGUUCUUCAGAGUGAGCCCUUUCUGAUAAAAAUGCAAAGCUCUUCACUUCAGAUUUGUCACAUGAUAUAUAAAACGUUGCAGUCAUCGCCAUCCAUGUCAAGUAUAACCAGUGUACAGAACUGUAUGCAGGAAAUUAAAUGUCUGAAGCAUGAGAGAGUAUCAGAAAAUAUAGAAGAGGCUCUGAGAAUUCAAAGAGCUGGUGCUAUUCCUUGCACUGACCAUUUGGUAGAAGUUAUCAAAUCACUAAACUUGACAUCAAACCAGGAAUUGUUGAAAGAAACUGUGGCUGUGGAAAAAGAGAGAAUGAAUGUGCAAGUCAACAAUGCAAAAGGAAAAUUAGAUCAAAUCAAUCAGAUUGUGGAUCUCAUCUCCCAUGUACGUGAUUAUCUGCUUAAAAUUGAGCACUUUGAACCCACAACUGGUGUCCUGAUACCUCCACACUUUCUUUGCCCCCUGUCGUUGGAACUUAUGCUAGAUCCUGUUAUUGUGGCUUCUGGGCAAACUUAUGACAGGACUUCCAUCAAAGUGCUUGAUAAUGGACUGACCAUUUGUCCAAAGACUCAUCAAACACUUACACAUACAAAUCUCAUUCCAAAUUACAUGGUCAAAGCUAUGGUAGCGAGUUGGUGCGAGGAAAACAACUUACAGCUUUCCAAUAACUCUGGGCAUGCAAAACUUGUAUCGAUCUUAUCUCCUUCAAAUCAUAUAUCUUCUCAAGAUUUAACCCAUACUGAUAGUUGCCAUUGCUUUGCAAACAGUAGUAGUUCCACAUCAAGAUCAUCUCUUGAAGUCGGAAUUGGUUUAGAGAAGCAGAAGAUUGAUAUUGCAUCUAGAUUUAAUGGGGAAUGUAAUAGAUGCCAAAGCAGGGAGAUUGACAAGGGUGACCACCAUUCCCCUGAUCAGUCAUAUUUUCACAGCAGGACUGAAUCAGCCUCGAGUGAAAUUUCCAGUAUUGAUUAUGUGCCUCCUGCAUCGAAUGAUUUGUCAAGGAGGUCAAAGAAACAUGAAACUGGGAAUGGGUUAGCUGAAAUUUCAUCUCAGGGCCUUGGCACAUUUCCUUCAACAAAAGAAUCUGGUUUUUCUCCCUGGGUAACAGGAAAGCAGUUUCAUGUCUCUGGUACAAAAGUACAAGAGGCAGUGAAUGGAAACCAUAAGUAUAACAGCGCAUCCUCCAUUUCAUUUUCUGGAUCAGGAUGUGAUGAUUGGACCACAAGUUCCCAUGUUAAGAAAUUAGUAGACAACCUUAAAAGCCUAUCAAAUGAAGUCCAAACAACAGCUGCUGCAGAAUUGCGCCUUCUUGCAAAGCAUAACAUGGACAAUCGUAUAAUUAUAGGUCGCUGUGGUGCUAUUGCACCAUUACUUUCGCUAUUAUACUCAGAAGUGAAGCUAACUCAAGAGCAUGCUGUCACAGCCCUCUUGAAUCUCUCUAUUAAUGAAGAUAAUAAGGCUAUGAUUGCAAAAUCUGGAGCGAUAGAGCCACUAAUUCACGUUUUAAAGUCUGGAAAUGAUGGAGCCAGAGAAAAUUCUGCAGCAGCUUUGUUCAGUCUUUCUGUCUUGGAAGAGUACAAGGCAAGGAUUGGACGUUCUGGUGCUGUCAAAGCCUUGGUGAAUCUUCUAGGCUCAGGAACAUUGAGAGGGAAAAAAGAUGCUGUUACUGCUUUGUUUAACUUAUCAAUUUUUCAUGAAAACAAGGCUCGUAUAGUUCAAGCAGGUGCAGUAAAAUAUCUUGUCGAGUUAAUGGAUCCUGAUAGUGGGAUGGUUGACAAGGCAGUGGCUCUUCUCUCCAACUUGUCAACAAUUGGGGAAGGGCGUUUGGCAAUUGUGCGAGAAGGUGGUAUCCCAGUAUUAGUUGAAGCCAUUGAAUCAGGAUCACAAAGGGGUAAGGAAAAUGCUGCCUCUGUAUUGCUGCAACUAUGCCUUAAUAGUCCCAAGUUCUGUACCCUGGUUUUGCAAGAAGGGGCUGUACCACCCCUCGUCGCAUUGUCUCAGUCUGGCACACCAAGGGCAAAGGAAAAGGCACAACAGCUUCUCAGUCACUUCCGGAAUCAGAGAGAAGGUGCCACUGGGAAGGGCAAGACAUGAAAACAGACUAAUUUUGUUUUGUUUUAUUUUCUGAUUUUUUAAUGUCCUACUCCGUGUAAGUUGUUGUCCUUGGUUUGUCCAUUUGGAGCUCUCCUUUCACACAUUUUUAGUUCUCCAGCUUUAUCCAUUAGCAUUGCAAGCUCUAUUCUUUGUUUCUUUUGAUUCCCCUUUUUUGAAGGUGGUUAGGGGGUGGGGAAAUAGGGCAAGCUUUCCCAGGAGGUGGUGGGAUUGUCUAUAAUUUGCUGCAUAAUUUUCCUUAGAACUUAGCUUGCCAUGGUAUUGAGUGUAGGUUUCCCUUUUCUUUUUUCCAUUUAAUUUUUAGUUUAUGUAGUAACAGAUUUGUUCCUUAGUUUUGUAGAUAUGUUGUACAUAUGCUAUAGACUCUUGUAAUUUGAUAUAAGAUCUUGUUAAAGAUAUUUUUGCUCUUUGCUGUUA